AUUUAUUGUGGCUUAUUGUGCCCCUUUAAGUACCCAAGCAACGCACCAAUCAUAUUUCAAUACAGCAAAGAAUAGGUAAAAAGAGUUAUCGCUCUUAACGUCUGCUGUUAUCGUAUGGAAAUUCCACUCUGAUCAAUCAUUUUUCGCUACAAUUUCUAGAAAAAAAAAUUGUUGUUUUUUUUCAGUAAAGAGCUACUCUUUGGAAAAAAUAAAAACACCACGAGGUCAGCACAACUUUGUGACGUACCCAAGUCUACAUUUCUACAGCAGAUAGUCGUGAAAUGUGACAUUUAGCUAUGCCACUGGGUUAUCAUGCUACAUAAAGACUGUAUCUCUUUCAUAAAAACAAAGGUCUAUGUGCUGGGAAGUACAUUGAAGGAAAAGGAUUGAUUUAAGUUUUAAAAAAAUAUAUAUCUCUAGUUCACGCUGCCAGAUAUCCUUAUUUUAUCAAUCCCCUGAUGGAGGGAUGGAUUUGCCCACUACGUCAUCGUGUCCGCCCAAUGAUCGGCAGCCUCCCUGGACCUGGAUCUUCCUGGCUUUGUUUCUACUGCUACUCCUGGCCUGGUUUUGUUAUAUAAUUAAACGCCUCUGUUGGAGAGUUCCUUCUGACAAGGAUCACAUCGACGACACGUAUGAAGAUAUUGACGGGGCUGAUUACACUAAUGUAUCCUUGGUAACAAUGCCAACUACAGGUACCAGGACUGCGUCCAACCAGCUCCCUCUUCUGGAACCAUCUCGACAACUUCAUUAUAUCAAUAUGCCCAACUUUCACAUUGGGGCUUUCUCGGAAAUCCAGUGCCCUGUUAAUGGCAUAAGUAAAUCUCCUAAUGAUUCCCCGAUAGUUCACAGCAACGCCACUGAACGGGGCUGCAUUUAUGUUAAUGAUCUCAAGCUGAAGCGUCACCUCAAAAAAAGAAAAUUUUUUCGAUCCAACGCUUUUCGAAAAACAUCUCAGCACUAUUAUAGCAAUAUCAAAGAUGUAACAUUUAGAUUUAAGAAAGAUCCGCCUAUGAAAUAUUUGCGAACAUUAAACAGCGUCUCAAAGCAACUUUGUCCAACAAAGGAUGAAGCAUCAACUUCUCAAUCUUCUCAGGUCAAACUGGAGGUUCCAGACUCAAACCAACUUUGUCCAACACAGGAUGAAGCAUCAACUUCUCAAUCUUCACAAGGCAAACUGAAGGUUCCAGACCCAAACCAACUUUGUCCAACACAGGAUGAAGCAUCAACUUCUCAAUCUUCACAAGGCAAACUGAAGGUUCCAGACCCAAACCAACUUUGUCCAACACAGGAUGAAGCAUCAACUUCUCAAUCUUCACAAGGCAAACUGAAGGUUCCAGACCCAAACCAUCUUUCUCCAACAGGGGAUACCGAGACAUUGCCUGAAGGCAUCAAUAGUCAAUGUGCAGAUUUACCAGAGGCCAAUGUUCGUUCCUGCAAAAAUGUUCACAGCUGCAAUGCUGCUUCGAAAUGUGAAACCCCGCUUUUAGAGACAUCUACAACGAGCAGAUCGAGGCCCAAACCAAUGCACUAUUUUAAACGCAGAACAAAGCCGAGUGACUGUAAAGUAAAAGAUGGCGCCCAAAGACGUUUCCUUUUCACUUCCUACACUCUUCAUGUUGUUGGACGGUUUAGUCACGUGUUCAAUAUGGUGGACUUACCGUACAUUGAGGAUUAAAUGUAGGUGCUGUGUUACAACUUCGUUCAGAUGUUACAACUUCAUUCAUUUAGAUGUGUUACAGCGUCAGUCAGCUAUGUUACAGCUUCAUUCAGAUGUUACAACUUCAUUCAUUUAGAUGUGUUACAACGUCAGUCAGCUAUGUUACAACUCCAUUCAGAUGUUACAACUUCAGUUAUUUAUAUGUGUUACAACUUCAGUCAUAUAUGCUACAACUCCAUUCAGAUGUUACAACUUCAUUCAUUUAGAUGUGUUACAACUUUAAUUAGAUAUGCUACAGCUCCAUUCAGAUGUUACAACUUCAUUCAUAUAGAUGUGUUACAACUUUAAUUAGAUAUGCUGAAGCCCCAUUCAGAUGUUACAACUUCAUUAGUAUAGAUGUGUUACAGCUUCAGUUAGAUAUGCUACAGCAUUUUGUUGUAACUUCUUUGAAUGAUUUAGAUGUAUCCUCUAAUCAACUGACAUCAGUUCCAACAGCAGCCAUGAAGCGAUGCAACAAACAACCAACACAACUUUCACUGGCCCACAACCAAAUUUCAAGUCUUUCU